UCCCUCCUCUUUGCGCCUUGUGCUCAUUGAGGUUUUUCCCUACCUUUCUUUGCUGUGGAUAGUGGAAGUCUGUAAGUUAUUCUUUCGUUCCUUAAGAACCUAUUUGAUACUUUAACAUACCAAAGCAUCCAGAGAUCAAGGGUGGUUGUUACUCAAGACAUGGAUAUAAGUAACGAGGCAAACAUUAAUCCGUUCUCCAUUGGACCUUCGACCAUUCUUGGCCGCACCAUUGCCUUCAGAAUCCUGUGUUCUCGGUCAAUGUCACAUCUGUCGCAGCAGCUCUUUCAUGUGGUGUUGGAUUAUGCGUUUAGGAUUGGGGGCUUUGUUACCCCCAUGAUAUCAUGGUUUCAUCCUAGGAAUCCACAAGGGAUAUUGGCAAUGGUCACUGUUAUAGCAUUCUUAUUAAAACGGUACACCAGCGUGAAAGUGAGGGCCGAAAUGGCUUAUCGGAGGAAAUUUUGGCGGAACAUGAUGAGAGCUGCAUUGACUUAUGAGGAAUGGGCUCAUGCUGCUAAGAUGCUUGAUAAAGAGACAGUGAAGAUGAAUGAAUCAGAUCUUUAUGAUGAGGAACUGGUAAGAAACAAGCUGCAGGAGCUCCGCCAACGUCGCGAAGAGGGUUCUCUUAGAGAUAUCAUCUUUUGCAUGCGAGCUGAUCUAGUCAGGAAUCUUGGGAAUAUGUGUAACCCUGAGCUUCACAAGGGUAGACUUCAGGUGCCCAAGCUCAUUAAGGAGUACAUUGAUGAGGUCUCAACUCAGUUAAGGAUGGUCUGCAACUCUGAUUCUGAUGAGCUCUCUUUGGAGGAGAAGCUCUCUUUCAUGCAUGAGACUAGGCAUGCCUUUGGUAGGACAGCUUUGCUUUUGAGUGGGGGAGCUUCUCUGGGAGCCUUUCAUGUUGGUGUGGUUAAAACACUGGUUGAACAUAAGCUUUUGCCUAGGAUAAUUGCUGGUUCCAGUGUGGGAUCUAUAAUGUGCUCUAUUGUUGCCACCAGGUCUUGGCCUGAGCUUCAAAACUUCUUCGAAGAUUCUUUGCACUCAUUGCAGUUUUUUGAUCAGCUGGGAGGGAUUUUUGCGGUUGUCAGGAGGGUCAGGAGGCAAGGAGCUGUGCAUGAGAUCAGACAAUUGCAGUGGAUUUUAAGGCAUCUUACCAGUAAUCUUACGUUUCAAGAAGCUUAUGACAUGACAGGACGAAUUCUUGGGAUAACAGUGUGCUCUCCGCGAAAACAUGAGCCACCCAGGUGCCUUAACUACUUAACCUCACCUCAUGUUGUCAUUUGGAGUGCGGUCACCGCUUCUUGUGCCUUUCCUGGCCUUUUUGAAGCCCAGGAACUAAUGGCUAAGGAUAGAAGUGGAGAGAUUGUUCCUUAUCAUCCACCAUUCAAUUUGGGCCCUGAGGAGAACGGUGGGGCACCUGGCCGUCAAUGGAGAGAUGGUAGCUUGGAAAUUGAUCUACCUAUGAUGCAGCUAAAGGAACUAUUCAACGUGAAUCACUUUAUAGUGAGUCAAGCAAAUCCUCACAUUGCACCACUAUUAAGAAUGAAGGACUUUGUCAGAGCUUAUGGUGGGAGUUUUGCUGCCAAGCUUGCUCAAUUAAUUGAGCUGGAGGUGAAACAUAGAUGCAACCAAGUAUUGGAGUUUGGUUUUCCUCUUGGGGGGAUCGCUCAGCUCUUUGCGCAAGAAUGGGAGGGCGAUGUCACUGUUGUUAUGCCUGCCACACUUGCUCAGUAUUCAAAGAUCAUCCAAAACCCAUCCCAUAUUGAGCUUCAGAAAGCUGCCAAUCAGGGGAGAAGGUGCACUUGGGAGAAGCUCGCCGCCAUUAAAGCAAACUGUGGCAUUGAGCUUGCACUUGAUGAAUGUGUUGCGAUCCUCAACCAUAUGCGCAGAAUCAAGAGGAGUGCAAAGAGAGCUGCGGCUGCUUCUCUUGGCCUCACUGCCACUGCCAAAUUCAGCGGGUCAAGAAGGAUCCCUUCAUGGAACUGCCUUGCUAGAGAGAACUCAACUGGGUCACUCGACGAAGAUCUCCUGGCAGACACCACUUCCUCAUUACAUCAAGGAGUUGGUGGAUCCUUAGGUAGGAAUUCCCGGCCCUAUCGCAGUGGACAUGAUGGAAGUGACAGUGAAUCUGAAAGUGUAGAUGUACCUUCUUGGACAAGAUCCGGUGGGCCCUUGAUGAGGACUAGCUCUGCUAACAAGUUCACUGACUACGUCCAAAGCUUGGACCUACACGUUGACCUAAACAAGAUCCCUAAUUUGAACUCCAAUGUUACCCAAAUGGGAGCAGAAACGCACUCACAGAGCUCGAGGGUGACAACUCCUGAUAGAACGUCAGAGAAUGCGGAGUUCGAUCUGCGGGACUUGAGCAAUAGAAGCAGCUCAAGCAUCACCGUGACCGAAGGAGAUCUCUUGCAUGCUGAGAAGGUUCAGGAGGGGAUCGUGUUUAAUGUCGUCAGGAGAGAGAACCUUAGUAUUUCAAACAGGAGUCAUGAUUCUGAGAGUUACAACUCUGAAGUCGCCGAGUGUUUGCAUCUCGAUUGUCCAGAAAAGGAGAUGGAUGGCAGCUCGGAUUCCGAAUGCGGGUCUGGUGGAGAUCAUGUGGAAACAGCCUAAGCCGAAAAAAAGGAGAGGAGAGAUUCAUGGUGCUCUGGUUCAAAUUGGUUCUGGUGUAGAUAGCAGAAAGGACCGGAGAAUCUCCUGACAGUUGGUUUAUACAUUGCAUCGCCUUUGUUAUUCGGCAUUCACCAUAGUAAGUGGUUCCAAUGCUUCUCUUACUUCAGAAGAACAGGGAGCUUAACUAAAUCAGCGCAUUGCGUGGGAUUGUAAUUAGCUGUGGCUGCGUUUCUAGGUCAGGAUACCGCACGGUUCUCCGGAAAAGCCCCAGCUUGUAAAUACGUUAACAUGUUCAAUGUGUAAUCUUGCCUUCAAGUGCAGCCAAGGACUCUAUUUCUCUCU